UCCUGAUCUCCUCUCUGGAGCCGGGCAGAGUGCGCCCCUGUGCAGGCCAGUGACCUUUGCCUAUCAGAGCUCUGGUUAAUUUUUGCCCAGUCUAAGGGUGCUGGGACUCCACCCGCCCUGGGAUAUAAGUUUGGCCCAAGGCUGCUUCGGUCUCUGCCUGGCCUGAGCUGCCCAGAGCUCCCUACUCACCUUCACCAUGGCCAAGGGCUUCUACAUUUCCAAGUCCCUGGGCAUCCUGGGCCUCCUCCUGGCUGUAGCAGCCUUAUGCACCAUCGUCGCUCUGUCUGUGGUGUAUGCCCAGGAGAAGAACAAGAACGCUGAGAACUCGUCCACAGCCCCCGGGAUCUCUGCCACCACACCCGCCACCGUGGCCACCACCGUGGAUACCACCGUGGAUGAAACCAAAGCGUGGAACCAGUACCGCCUGCCCAAGUCUCUGAUACCUGAGUCCUACAAUGUGAUUCUGAGGCCCUUCCUCUCCCCCGACGUCACGGGCCUGUACAUUUUCACGGGCUCCAGCACCGUCCGAUUCACCUGCAAGGAAGCCACCAAUGUCAUCCUAAUCCACAGCAAAAAGCUCAACUACACGCUCAAGGAGUCGGGGCACAUGGUGGCCCUGCGGUCCCUGGGUGGCUCCCCGCCCCCUGUCAUCGUCAAGACCGAGCUGGUGGAGCGCACUGAGUACCUGGUGGUGCACCUGCAGGACUACCUGGUGGUCGACCAGCAGUACGAGAUGGACAGUGAGUUCCAGGGGGAGCUGGCCGACGACCUGGCGGGCUUCUACCGCAGCGAGUACGUGGACGGCGGUGUCAAGAAAGUGGUGGCCACGACCCAGAUGCAGGCUGCAGAUGCCCGGAAAUCUUUCCCCUGCUUCGACGAGCCGGCCAUGAAGGCCACUUUUAACGUCACCAUCAUCCACCACAAGAACUACACCGUCCUGUCUAACAUGCUUCCCAGAGGCCCCAGCACUUCCUAUGUGCGCGACUCUGACUGGAACAUCACGGAGUUCCACACCACGCCCAGGAUGUCCACGUAUCUGUUGGCCUACAUCGUCAGCGAGUUCGAGAAAGUGGAGUCAGUGUCCUCCAGUGGUGUCUCGAUCAGAAUCUGGGCUCGGCCCAGUGCCAUUGCCGAAGGCCAUGGUGAUUACGCCCUGAAUGUGACAGGCCCCAUCCUAAGCUUCUUUGCUACGCACUAUGACACACCCUACCCGCUGAAUAAGUCUGACCAGAUUGGCCUACCCGACUUCAACGCCGGUGCCAUGGAGAACUGGGGGCUGGUGACAUACCGUGAGAACUCCCUGCUCUUCGACCCACAGUCCUCCUCCAUUGGCAACAAGGAGCGGGUGGUCACUGUGAUUGCUCACGAGCUAGCCCACCAGUGGUUCGGCAACCUGGUGACCGUGGAGUGGUGGAAUGACCUGUGGCUGAAUGAGGGCUUUGCCUCCUACGUAGAGUAUCUGGGUGCUGACUACGCAGAGCCCACCUGGAACCUGAAAGACCUCAUAGUGCUGAAUGACGUGUACCAUGUGAUGUCCAUGGAUGCGUUGGUCUCCUCCCACCCGCUGUCCACCCCCGCCGAGGAGAUCAACACGCCGUCCCAGAUCAGUGAGCUGUUUGAUACCAUCAGUUACAGCAAGGGUGCGUCGGUUCUCAGGAUGCUCUCCAGCUUCCUGACUGAGGAUGUGUUCAAGAAGGGCCUGGCCUCCUACCUCCAAGCCUUUGAGUACCAGAACACUGUCUACCUGGACCUGUGGGAGCACCUGCAGCAGGCUGUGAACGAUUCAGGAAUUGUACUUCCCUGCCCUGUGCGUGACAUCAUGGACCGCUGGAUUCUGCAGAUGGGCUUCCCGGUCAUCACCGUGGACACUGAUUCAGGGAGAAUCUCCCAGGAGCACUUCCUCUUGGACAGCGAGGCCAAUGUCACCCGGCCCUCAGAGUUUGGCUACCUGUGGAUUGUGCCCAUCUCGUCUGUCAGAAAUGGCAUGAAGCAGGACGAUUAUUGGCUGGAAGGCCAACAGACAGCCCAGAACGAUCUGUUCAAAACGUCAGGGAGUGACUGGCUACUGCUGAACAUCAACGUGACAGGCUAUUACCAGGUCAACUACGAUGAAAACAACUGGAAGAGAAUUCAGGAUCAGCUGCAGACAGACCUGUCGGUCAUCCCCGUCAUCAAUAGGGCACAGAUUAUCAAUGAUGCCUUCAACCUGGCCAGUGCUCAAAAGAUCCCUGUCACUCUGGCUCUGAACAACACCCUCUUCCUGACCCAAGAGACAGAGUACAUGCCCUGGGAGGCUGCCCUGAACAGCCUCAACUACUUCAAGCUCAUGUUUGACCGCUCCGAGGUCUAUGGCCCCAUGAAGAGCUACCUGAGGAAGCAGGUCACGCCCCUCUUCCAGUACUUCAAAAAUCUCACCAGCAACUGGACCCAGCGCCCACCGACCCUGAUGGAGCAGUACAAUGAGAUUAAUGCCAUCAGCACGGCCUGCACCAACGGGCUUGACGAGUGUAAGGAGCUGGUCACCAGGCUUUUCAGCGAGUGGAUGAAUGACUCCUCUAAUAACCCGAUCCACCCCAACCUGCGGUCCACCGUCUACUGCAACGCCAUCGCCGAGGGCGGGGAGGAGGAGUGGGACUUUGCCUGGGAGCAGUUCCGGAGCGCCACCCUGGUAAAUGAGGCAGACAAACUCCGAACAGCCCUAGCGUGCAGCAACCAGGUGUGGAUUCUGAACAGGUACCUGAGCUACACCCUGAACCCCGACCUCAUCCGGAAGCAGGACGCCACCAGCACCAUCAAUAACAUUGCUAGCAAUGUGGUUGGGCAGACCUUGGUCUGGGACUUCGUCAGAAGCAACUGGAAGAAGCUGUUUGAGGAUUAUGGCGGAGGCUCCUUCUCCUUCUCCAACCUCAUCCAGGCGGUGACCAGGCGCUUCUCCACCGAGUAUGAGCUGCAGCAGCUGGAGCAGUUCAAGCAGGACAACAUAGAGACAGGCUUUGGCUCGGGCACCCGGGCUCUGGAGCAAGCUCUGGAAAAGACCAAAACCAACAUCAAGUGGGUGAAAGAAAACAAGGAGUCCGUGUUGAAGUGGUUCACAGAAAACAGCCAGUAGUUCCCAGUCCUUCAAGUCACUGCUCCGUGGAUGCCUGUGACUACGAGUCUCAGCAGCCUGU